CUUCAAGUGUGUUCAGUCCUGCAAGUAUUGGGCAGCCUAGGAAGACUACUCUAUCUCCUGCUCAGCUAGAUCCUUUUUAUACUCAGGGUGAUUCCCUGACUUCAGAAGAUCAACUUGAUGACACAUGGGUAACUGUAUUUGGAUUUCCUCAAGCAUCAGCUUCAUAUAUUCUUCUACAGUUUGCUCAGUAUGGAAAUAUAUUAAAGCAUGUGAUGUCCAACACAGGAAACUGGAUGCAUAUCCGAUAUCAGUCAAAGCUUCAAGCCCGGAAAGCCUUAAGCAAAGAUGGAAGAAUUUUUGGUGAAUCCAUCAUGAUUGGUGUCAAGCCAUGUAUAGAUAAAAGUGUCAUGGAAAAUUCUGAAAGAAGCGCUACAUCCUCAAUGUCUUCAGUUUUCACUCCACCUACAAAAUCCAUCGGCACACCAGUACAACCUGCAAAUAAUACCACGAGGAUUUCUACAAUGAGACCUCUUGCAACAGCAUAUAAAGCUUCUACUAGUGACUAUCAGGUGGUUUCUGACAGACAAACUCCUAGGAAAGAUGAAAGUAUUGUAUCUAAAGCAAUGGAGUAUGUGUUCGGCUGGUAAUAUACAAGAGGAAGUAACAUACUAAGCUGGUUAGGGUUUGAAAUACGCUACUGACAUCUGUGGUUAGUUGUAUAACUACUGGUGGCAGUAUUUUAACUUGCAUCUCACCUGUUAUGCCUUCAGUUAAUUCAGCGGACAUGUAGCGUGCACUUUAAAUGAUGGCAAUGUAUACAUGGUUUUAAAAACUGAGUAAGUCUAAAAAUAAGUGCUUUUUUCCCAUUUGUGCUCCGAUUGCA